CAAAAUUUAAUUCCUUACUAUAUGUUUGUCACACGAAUUACCCUUAAGGUAGACCAUGGCAUCUCAAGAAAAUUUGAUAUCUGAAGAUGAAAGCAUCAACCAAACCGAACCAUGGCAGUUCGAGAAUGCUCUUUCGCGGUCUGACAGAGAGACACUCACUUACUUCACAAUGUUAUCGGAAUUUUUUGGACAACAAUUACCCAACGUAUCCGCGUACUCGCUUAACUUAAUGGUGGUCUUGGCCUGUAUAGUCAACGAAAUUAUUUCUUUGGCAGCGCUCGAGUCUCCUUUGUGGAGUAGAUCACAAUGUGAAAACAUAGAGAUGCUGAAUCUGAACGAGUACUACUCUCAAUUCUUUCCUUGGUACGCAAAAAAUGUCCCAAGGUUUGUCCAUGAGGCGUCAAGAGCUUCUGCAGUAAUCCGCAUUGAUGCUUCAUGGCUUGUGAGAGAACUUAAAAAUCCUGUGCGUUGGGUGAGUAUUUUCCCAUCACUCGUUGGAAAUGUGUCAAUCGAAUCAAGCAACGACGAUGUUAAGAUGAUUGAUAUGGAGUUUCUAACAUUAAUCACCCCGGUAAUUCCGACCCGAAAAAUAAAAGUUCUCCGAUAUUGUCACCGUAUAGGAUAUGAUACAUGGAUUAUAGCGGAUAUCUCCAUGUAUUUAAGCUCCUAUUCAGACGAUUUACGACCUGAGUUUCUCAGAUUUCCUUCUGGAUUUAUUAUUCAACAUCUUCCAAAUGGAUAUUCAAAGGUAGCUAUUUUGGAACACUGGGUUUACAAGGAUGAUGCAAUUCUAAACCGGUUGAGGCCUUACCUCUCUUCUGGUUUAGGAUUUGGUGCAAAGAAAUGGCUCGUCGCUCUACAACGAUACUGCUCCAAAACUACUUAUAUUAACCAUUUUCUUACUGACAUAACCACCAUGCAUGGUACUCACGCAGUAGUCAAUUCGACCGGUCGUGACAACUUGCUCGAAGUAUCAAGACAUAUGGUUCACUUAUUUUGCUCCGGUACGUGUGGGGUAAUCGGGUACCAAUGGAGGCGGCUCGGUGCGGGUCGAACGUUUGGCGUCAGAGUUUUCACUCGAGAGAGUCCGGACAUGAUAAGGCACCCUUGUCGUAUUAUUAGCGCUAGCGGUUUGGCUAAAAUACAUGCUAAACCGGAAAUGCUAUUUUCUUUCAUCUACGGUGUGAAGAAACGAGAGAUAUUCAACCACUUACGAUUAUUUGGAAAUGGUUUAAAACAAGUGCUUCGGAUCACAAGAGACGACACUACUCCGAGGAAUGACGUCUCCCUAUUCAGUUUCCGGCUGAAUAAUUCUACGGAGGUGUUUUUGCUUCAAGAAGCAUACAAUGAGGCAUCAUCGUCGAUGGUGAUCCACUCGAUACUUGACGAGUCAUCUCUUCGGAAAAUUAUAAACGGUGAUGAUAGUUCGUUCUCCAUUACCUAUCCGUGUGGAUUCACCAUAAUGCCAGGCCAAAACUCAGGCGAUGAAGAAGCUGGAUGUGUUGUGUCGGUUGGAUUUCAGGCGAUUGUAACUGAAGCGAUUGUAGCGAAUACAAUGAUUAGUAAUGUGGAGAAGACUUUAUCUGAUACUUUUACAAAUUUCGAGAAUGUCUUAGCGGCAAAUCGACAGUCGGUGGAACCGUGGAAGAUUUGGCAAAAUAACAUCACCAUGGGUGUUGAUGACCAAGUUCCGCGUAAAUUACCAAAGUUAAAUCUUUGUUCCUUUAACCUUGUUGCUCUUUGUCAUUUGUCAGAGAGGAGAGGUAACAAAGACCGAGUAUGGAAGAACUCAGGGGAGGGGGCAAUGAUCGUGUACGGUGGGGGAGCACCCGAGGAAGGUGGAGGUAGAGGGGUGGUUCUGAAGAAAGGGCCAUGGACGGUGGCGGAGGACGAGACUUUGGCGGCUUAUGUACGGGAAUACGGUGAAGGGAACUGGAAUGCUGUUCAGAAGAAGACGUGGCUGGCUCGGUGCGGAAGAACAGAUAACGAGAUCAAGAACUACUGGAACACGAGGUUGAAACGCUUCCAACGCCAAGGCCUCCCUCUAUACCCUCCAGAUAUUUCCCCAAACAAUCAUCAACAACAAAUGUAUCCUCAACAGCCGAACACACCAUCCUCACCUCUCCCGUCCCCAACACCGGCUUCUUCCUUUACCUUUCCUCUCCUCCAACCGCCUUCUCUGUGUCCCAAACGUUGUUACAACACUGCCUUCUCUCCCAAGGCCUCUUAUACUUCUUCUCCAACCACUUUCCUUGUUUCUUCUCCGGCCUUUCUUCACACCCAUUCCCCUCUAACCUCCUAUCAGUCUACAAAUCCGGUUUACUCCAUGAAACAUGAGCUCUCUUCAAACCAAAUUCCAUUCUCCACCCCUUUAGGAGUCUAUCAAGUAAGCAAGUUCUUAGACAAUGGUGAUUGUAACCAAAACCUUAACACCGGUUUGCAUACAAAUACCUGCCAGCUGUUAGAGGAUCUUAUGGAGGAGGCCGAGGCUUUAGCUGAUAGCUUUCGUGCUCCUAAGCGGAGACAACUCAUGGCUGCGCUCGAGGACAACAACAACAACUUCUUCUCGGGUAGUUUUGGACAUUGUGGUUCUUCCAACAAUCUAUUUUCCUUGCAAGGUUUAACACCAAAGGAAGAUGAGUCUCUCCAGAUGAACACAAUGCAAGAUGAGGACAUAACAAAGCUUCUUGACUGGGGAAGUGAAAGCGAAGAAAUCUCAAACGGGCAAUCCUCUGUGAUAACAACAGAGAACAACCUUGUCCUUGACGAUAACCAGUUCGCCUUGCUGUUUCCAGUUGAUGAUGACACCAACAACUUGCCAGGGAUCUGCUAGAGAAAGACGAAACAACUAAAUGAAACAUGUUCCUGAUUGUACAAUUAAAAUCCUGAAUUAUAA